AUGCACCGCUUAUCCAUUAGAUAUCAACGUGCACAUGAGGACUCUGAUUCUGACGAGUCUUUCCAUUGUUGCGGAAAGCCAGAAGACCUUCUAGCAGAUCCGCCAACUCCACCGCCUGAGCCGAAAAAGCAUUGCGCCCAGUCUUAUCGAGAGGUGCUCGUGCCCGAGGAUGAAGAAUUUUAUUUAUAUCAAUCCGGGCUUGAACGCCAAAAACAAGCUGAGAGACCCAUCUCAACUUGCGAACCUCCACCGACUUCUGCCAGAGCUUCGGUUCCGCGUAUCCUAGGACGGACUCAUUCAGCCGAGUCAGACAAGACUAUGGUUGAGUCAGAAAAGCCUGUGGUCGAAGAGCCGUUACUCGUCAUUAGAACGGGUAUGACUCCAUCUUCACCAACAAGAAGGAUGAGCCAAACGCCAUUUGAUAGAAUCUCCAAGGUGCCUUCGCCCAAGCCCAAAUCGAGAAGAGCGUCGUUGAAUAUCUUCCGAGCUUCCUCUGUCUCCCGAUCAUCAAGGGAAAAGACACCAGCGGAUGUUUCGACGAAAAGCUCGAAACCUCCCAGAGCACGGUUCUCGGUCUUGCAAACGACGAGACGAUUUUCAAAGACCCUUUACGAUAUUAAGGAACUUAGUAAACGGUCUACGCUUCAGCCACAAGGAUCCUCAAAGGACAUAUCCUGA